AUGUGCCAUUAUACUAUCACCGUGACCUACAGAAUAGGUUCAGGAAGCUUUCUCAAGGCUAGAGAACGAUUGAAGAAUACUUUUAAGAGUUUAAGACUCUCAAGAACCGAUUGGAGCUUGAAGAUUCCGAAGAAACCCUCAUGGCGCAAUUCAUUGAUGGAUUGCAAGAUAGAGUGGCGAGAAAGCUCGAGAGACAAACCUAUCAUGGCAUGGAUGACCUAUUGCACUUAUCCAUUACAUUUAUCCAUCCAAGCAGAGCAGCACAUAAAGAGGAAUACCUCUUUUAUCAGCCGAAACAAGACAGCAUGGACUCCACCGCCGCAAAGAAGCUUGGAGAAAGGAAAGUCUGUUGAAGCGGAGGCUCCCAAAUACAAGAAGUUCACUCCAUAA